AUGAUAGCCAGAUUAUUUGGUAAAUAUUUAUUAUAUAAUGUACAUGCUGGUGAAGAAAAAUGUAUUUUUAAUUUAGUUCCACCAAAUGAAAACGAAAAAACAAUUUCUUUAAAGAGUAAUAACUUUGAACAUGAUGGAUUUAUGCCUCAAAAAUGUGCAGGUUUGGGAGUUGGGGAUGAUAUUUCCCCACACCUUUCAUGGUCAGAUUUACCAGAGGGAACAAAAGAAAUUAUACUUGCAUGUGAAGAUGUAGAUGCUCCAGUUUGGGUACCAAUUCUUCAUGCAUCGGCUGUUGGUAUUAAACCAAGUAUUAAGGAGAUACCAGAGGGUGCUUUAAAUGUUGGUGAAAAAUCCUCAGGAAAAAUAGAAGACAUGUUUAUUGGAGUUUGUAAUUUUAGAAAUAUUCAUGGUUAUAUUGGUCCACGUCCUUUGAAUGGUCAUGGUAAGCAUAGAUACAUUUUUGAAAUUUAUGCUUUAUCUGAGCCAUCAGGCAUAAAUCAAGAAAAAUUCACUAAAGAUCAAUUAAUUUCUUCAAUGAAAUCUAAAGUUAUUGGUAGAGGGCGUCUUGAUGGCUUUUAUAUUCAAGAAUAA